GAAAAACACGGGAAAGUGCCUACUUUUAACAGACGCAUCUGUCCAAUCAGGAGGGUCCUUCCUCUGCUAGAUAGGCCCUACCUUUUCCGGUGAAGUACAGAGAGGAGUACGAGAGGAACAAAGGUCGCUCUCAGAUGGACUUUGAAGACACUCAGACGUACAAAGUGACUAAAGAAGCCCAGAAGAUGCAAAGCGAGAGAGAGUACCGGAGGGAGUACGAGGAGCAGAUUAAGGGUACAGGCCUGGUGGAUGCAGACCAGACCCCCGCAUACCUGACAGUCUGCCACGCUAGCAGCCUGCUGAGCGAGAGAGAGUAUCGGAGGGAGUACGAGGAGCAGAUUAAGGGUACAGGCCUGGUGGAUGCAGACCAGACCCCCGCAUACCUGACAGCUUGCCACGCUAGCAGCCUGCUGAGCGAGAAGGCGUACAGGAAGGACUUGGAGCAGGAAGUGAAGGGGCGGGGCUUAUCCGGCGUCGGGCUGGAGGAAACGCCUGAGCUGCUGAGGGUUAAAAAUGCCAAUCAGAUACUGAACGAGAAGGAGUACCGCAGGGAUUUAGAGACGGACAUCGUGGGUAAAGGCAUGGAGCUGAGCGGCAACGUUCUCGAUAUGCAACGAGCCAAAAGAGCCUCAGAGAUCCUGAGGUCCUACAAGCAGACGGAGCAGCUCAGAGAAAACUCCUACGGGACGGUUACAGACACUCCUGAACUUCUGCACGCCUCCUACCUCAAAGACAUCUACAGCCAGAAGAAGUAUAAGCACGAAGCGGAGCGUCUGAAGGGACGCUACAGUCUGGUGUCAGAGACACCAGAGAUGGAGAGAGUCAAAGCCAACCAGAGACACAUCAGCUCUCUGCGCUACUGCUGGGACUCCAAACUGAUGAGAGGCCUGAUGUCUUCAGUCACAGAGACGCCAGAGAUCGUCCUCGCCAGAGAGAACGCCAAGAAGAUCAGUGAUGUCCAGUACCGAGAGGAAGUGGGUCACGGUACCCCUAUCAGGGACACGCCGGACAUGGAGCGAGUCCGACGCAACCAGGAGAACAUCAGCUCGGUCAAGUACAAGCAGAGUUCAGUGAAGGCCUCCAGCGUCGGAGUGACUCCAGAACUGGAGAGAGUCCGACAGAACCAGGAGAACAUCAGCUCGGUGAGGUACCAGCGCGGGCUGCAGGAGAUGAGGGGGCGGAGCCUCAGCGAGCUGGACACACCUGAGUACAGGCGUGCCAGGAAGUCACAGGACUCCGUCUCCAUGGCCAAGUACCACGAGGACUUUGAGCGGGCACGCGGCCGAGGCUGCACGCCAGGAUUGGACGAGCCCAGCAUGGAACGCUACCAGAGAGCCAAUCAGAUGAUAGCAGAGGCGGGAUACAGCAAAGGGAUCCACCCCCAGGCGAUGGAGAUGGACAGACGACCGGGGGGCAUCAUCGUAGCUCCAGUCCUCCCUGGAGCGUACCAUCAGGGCAUCCACCAGCACCAGCAGCAGCAGUAUCACGGCUACAUGCACCAGACCAGCAUGUCGUCCGUCAGAUCCGUCACCUCCCCGCCGCACUCCGCCACAAUGCGUGUUUACCGGGCGCUGUACGACUACGCGGCACAGGACCACGACGAGGUCUCCUUCAGGGACGGAGACGUCAUCGUCAACGCUCAGCCCAUCGACGAGGGCUGGAUGUACGGCACCGUGCAGCGCACCGGCAAGUCUGGCAUGCUGCCGGCGAACUACGUGGAGUGCUGCAACUAGAGGAGAGAGGUAGAGAGAGGGAGAGAGAGGGAGAGAGAGAGGGGAGAAAUGGUAAAAAUGUGAUGAAUGAAAUCAAAAAAA